AUGGCGAAGAGGAACCGCUGGGACUCGGACUCGGACUCGGGCGACGAGCGCGCCUCUCGGCGCAAGAAGAAGUCCUCCGGCGAAACUAAUCCUCUCCUCAACUCCUCCGGCGUCUCCUCUUCAAAUGGCAACGCUUCCGACCUCUUAAAUCGGCCUACAGCCGAAGAAAUCGCAGCUCCGGAUGACCCGCCGAGGCACAAUUUCUACCUUUUAGGCUGCCGCAGCGUCGACUGCUACGCGCGCAUCGGCAAAAUCGACGAAGGAACGUACGGAGUCGUGUCCAAGGCUCGAGACAAGGAAACGGGUGACGUGGUGGCGUUGAAACAGGUCAAGAUGAGCGCCGACGUCAGCCAGGAGGGCUUCCCCAUCACCGCUCUACGUGAGACCAACGUGCUGCUGUCCCUGGACCACCCAAACAUCGUCCAAGUCCGGGAGAUGGUGGUGGGCUCCAUGCCCGACAAGAUCUACAUGGUCAUGGACUACGCGGAGAACGACCUCAAGCACGUCAUGCAGAACAAGAUGAAGGCUCCGUGGCUGCAGAGCGAAGUCAAGUACCUCCUGCACUCGCUGCUGAGUGCGGUGGCCUAUAUGCACGACCGCUGGUAUAUCCAUCGCGACCUCAAGACCAGUAACUUGCUGUAUGAUGCGCGUGGGGUGCUCAAGGUCUGUGAUUUUGGACUGGCACGGAAGUACGGCUCGCCCUUAAGAACGUACACGCAGCUGGUGGUGACGCUGUGGUACCGUUCGCCUGAGCUGCUGCUUGGUGCGAAAAAGUACUCGACCGCGAUGGAUAUGUGGUCGGUGGGGUGCAUUUUCGCCGAGAUGCUGCUGAUGAAGCCGCUGUUUGCAGGUCGUGGAGAACUGGACCAGACAGAUCAGAUCUUCAAGCUGCUAGGAGCGCCUAACGAGGAGAAUUGGCCUGGUGUCGAUGAGGACGUUCCGGAUGCGAAUGUGAGUGUGCGUGGGAAGUGGCCGAAGCAUUCCAGACUACGAGAUAAGUUCCCACUCUCUGCCACGUUCUCAGGUAGCGGGUGCUCGCUGUCGAAGGCAGGGUUCGAUCUGCUCAGUCGAAUGCUCGCUUUAAGUCCGCGCAAGCGCAUUUCAGCGAAAGAUGCGCUAGCACACGAAUACUUUCAGGAGUCUCCUCCACCGAAGCAACAGGAGUUGAUGCCAACGUUCCCUGCGUAG